CAGAAUGCCAGAGUCUCCGUGACGCCAACGGCUGUUGCUGUCUUCCCGAGAUCUACCCCAUUGAGCGUGGGUGAAAAGGAAAGCCUUCUCUCCCCUCUUCGCGGCGUCGAUUGCUCCAAGGAAAUAUGGAAUUUUGUAGUGACAUUUGAUAGGUUCUAAAUUGUUUUGUCGGUCAGGCAGGGAAUCCCGAUCUGGGAUCUGAUUUCCUGCAAAAUUUUGUAAUUUUAGGGGUUUUGAAAGUGAAAUGUUUCGUAGUCUAUAUGAAAGAUAUGAUUUUUAGCGAGAGUUUUUUUUAUUGAGGGCUCCGAAGACUGUUGGGUAGUAGUUCCUCUUGUCUCAUUUGGAUUUUGGGGAGGGCUCAGUAGAAGCGGCCAAUUGGAUCUGCUCCUCUCAGUUUGAUAAGAAUUCAUUCCUUUCGGAUCGAUCAGUUGAGCUGAUUUUGGGUCAGAAUCUCAUGAGACGGCGGUCAUCGGCGUUCAACCAUCAGGAGGAGAUGGAGAAGGCCAACGGCAAGCCUCCGCCAUCUCGGCUCUGCUUCUUGGCCACCCUAUCGGUCAUGUUCUGGAUCAUGAUCUUCUACUUCCAUUUCACCGUUCUCAGUAGCAACCCCAUCAGCAAUCCUGACCAACCCGUUCCCUUCUCCUCCAUCUCGUCCAAACCCCAGCGGAUUUCGGAAGCAUAUGAAGCACUUGAACUGCCCAAAAUGAAGGCGCCGACCAAAUCAAAACUAGCAGAUACCCGUCAAGCACCAGAGGCGUUCCCCUUCACCCGUGCCCUCCAGACCAUCGAGAACAAAAGCGACCCUUGCGGUGGGAGGUAUAUCUACGUCCAUGAUCUCCCUUCCCGGUUCAACGCUGACAUGCUUAGAGAUUGCCGAAAGUUGAGCCUUUGGAUCAACAUGUGCAAGUUCACAAGCAAUGCUGGCAUGGGGCCUCCGCUCGAGAAUUCAGAUGGGGUCUUCUCGAACACAGGAUGGUACGCCACUAAUCAGUUCGCGGUGGAUGUGAUCUUCAACAACCGGAUGAAGCAGUAUGAGUGCUUGACAGAAGAUCCAUCCAUCGCUGCUGCUAUCUUCGUGCCCUUCUAUGCUGGUUUUGACAUAGCUCGAUAUCUUUGGGGAUACAAUACCUCAGUCAGGGAUGCUGCAUCUCUGGAUUUGGUUGAAUGGCUCAUGAAGAGGCCUGAAUGGAGUGUGAUGGGGGGAAGGGACCACUUCUUGGUGGCAGGGAGAAUUACUUGGGAUUUCAGGAGAUUGACUGAUUCUGAAACAGAUUGGGGAAACAAGCUUCUAUUCUUGCCAGCUGCAAGAAACAUGUCGAUGCUGGUUGUGGAAGCGAGCCCAUGGAAUGCUAAUGAUUUUGGGAUACCUUAUCCUACAUACUUUCACCCAGCAAAGGAUGCUGAUGUCUUCAUUUGGCAGGACCGGAUGAGGAAGUUGGAGCGGAAGUUUCUCUUCUCAUUUGCGGGUGCACCACGCCCUGAUAAUCCAGAAUCAAUCAGAGGGAAGAUCAUAGAUCAGUGCAAAAGGUCCAAAGUUUGUAAGUUGCUGGAGUGUGAUUUUGGAGAGAGCAAGUGUCACUCCCCAAGCAGCAUAAUGCAGAUGUUUCAGAGUUCUUUAUUUUGCUUACAACCACAGGGAGAUUCAUAUACAAGGAGAUCAGCUUUUGACUCCAUUUUGGCUGGUUGCAUACCUGUUUUCUUUCAUCCUGGCUCUGCUUAUAUACAAUAUACAUGGCAUCUCCCAAGAAACUACUCAACAUACUCGGUGUUUAUACCUGAGGAUGAUAUUCGAAAGAGGAGUGUCAGUAUCGAGGAAAGGUUAAAGCAAAUCCCUCCACAUGUUGUGGAAACAAUGAGAGAGACAGUCAUAAGCCUUAUACCAAGCCUGAUAUAUGCAGACCCUAGGUCUAAGUUGGAGACUCUUAAUGAUGCCUUUGAUGUGGCUGUACAGGCAAUCAUCGACAAAGUUACAAGACUAAGAAGGGACAUGAUUGAAGGCCACGAAGAAAAGGAUGUCAUUGAAGAGAACAGCUGGAAGUAUGCUUUGUUAGAGGAUGGUCAGCGAACAGUUGGGCCACAUGAGUGGGAUCCUUUCUUCUCUAAGCCUAAGGAUGGUAAUGGUGAGUCUGGCACUUCAUCUGCUGAAGCUGCUAAGAAUUCUUGGAAGAAUGAACAAAGGAGUCAGACUUGACUUCUAUCAAGAUUGAUUUGAAGAUAAGGCUAAUUGCUCAAGUAUGGUUUGCCAUCAUAGGUGCAAUCUGAAGCUACUUGACAGAAAGAGAAUUUUCAAAUUAUAGUUGUGUGGAUAAGUGAAUUUUGAUAUUUCAUUUUGAGUGAAUUUGAUGAGCUUGUUCACAAGUUGUCAGAACACAUGCCUACAACAAUGUUAUAACUUCCAAGGUAGGUUGCCGUUGUUGUCUUCCCUACAUAUUGAAUUUGAUAUAUUCUUUCUAUUUUAGUA